ACACUGUCAGCGUCGCUGCUACUUGUACGUUUGGUUUUCUGCUGCUGCUUCUACUUGUGCUGAUUCUCAAACUAGUGCUACGAAUGCCGCUGCUACAGCUGCUUCGUCAGUAUAUACGGCACUGCGUGAGGCUUGAUGUUGCUCAUUCGGCGUCGAGUUUCUGUUGAAAGUGGUGAGCCGCAGGAACGUGCAAAAGCUUUCGGUCGCAGUGAGAAUUCCUUCACCGAGCUGGGUAUUUUGGGAAGAAAAAAAAAAGAGAAUAAAAGAAAAUAAGAAAAAAAAAACAAUAAAAGGAGAAGAAGAAGAAGGCACAAUAUACUUUACACAAAGGACAGCCAACAGUCGUUGUUGGUGUGGGGCAAAGAUGUAAAAAGCCAAACUUAUCUUUCGGAGAGUGCGUUUAUCGCGUUUACAAAUGCGUAGAAUCGUUCGCGCUUGUCAACCUUUCCCGGCGCCAGUAACAACAUGAAAUCAAACGGUAGUGCAACAACAGUCUGCGUCAGCGCUAGAAGUCAGUUUGGAACGUGUUGACUUAUGCUGUUGCUUUAAACAAUUUCUUUUUCUUUUUGGGGGGGAAGUUUUUUGGGUUUUUUUUUUUUUUUUGUUGCAAGAUUGCAUUUGAAUUCGAUUUCGAUGUUGAUCAGGCGGCGGCAAACCCAUUAGGUAUUGAACGAUGCACUUUUGGUGAGAGGUUGUGAGUGCGCACGAUGGAAGAGCAGCCAAGGAUAAAAUAGGGCGUGGUGUUAUCGUUAUUUAUUUCCUUUUUCGUGUCGACUAACUCAGAUGAUAAUGGAAAUUUUAAUUCUGCGGCAAGCGCUGUCCAUUGGGUGGCAGGGAAGGUUCACCAGCGCAGUCGUUUUCUUUCUGCGUUAGCUAACCAGAUUGGAAAAGUCUGAACAGAUGUCGGUACUGUGGUAUCGCGUUAGCAUGUGCCUUUGCUAAUGUCUGUGCACGAGUGUCCGUCUGUUGUGCUUCUAGUGUCUUCUGCAUCUCUUCUGUGCCUUCCUGAAGCACUUGAGGACGACCGAUACACAAUCCAGGCUGAACAGAUACUUACCUUCGCCGUGCAGUUGGACUGUGCACACACUCACUUCUGUAGUUUUCAUGCCUGUAGACGGACGGAUCAGCUGGACUAUGGAUUGCUGUUGCUGCUACCGGUCUCGAUCGAUAUAUAGAUACCGAGUGCUGCCCUCUUUUCUAAUACGUUCGCCAGCUGAAACGUUCGCCAGAACCACCACGGCAUCCCGGCGAGUGAAUCAUCGUUACAACUACGAAAAAUAAUAGCCCAAGGAAGACAGAGAGAAAACUCAAUUUGAAUAAAACGAAUUGGUAAAGUGAGAAUUUAAAAACAAACAGUGAUAAAAAAAAAAUUUUAAGACAAGUGCGCAAAUCGAAAGUACGGAAACAACAAACUCAUGAAUUUGAAUUGAACUGAAGGAUUCACACGGGGGAUUUUAAAUCUGCCCCGUUGGCUGUAUGAGCUUAUGCAAAUCCAGUCCAUUUUGAUUCACAUCAAAUAGGCGACCCGAGACGAACCUGAGUGCGUACAACCGAGAAUCCAUUACUGCUCUGCUAUAGAAAUACACGAGUAAAAAAAAAAAAGUGGGGAAUCGCACAACCGGCAGUAUCUUAGCAUUUUUUUUUCCUUUUUUUUUUAAUAACUUAAAUUCACCAACUUUCCAAAGCAGUCGCAUUAUUCUAACCCACAAUUAGGCCCUGAAUACAGCCAAUGGUUUAUAAAGAAGAAUUUGUUCGUCAACUAUUUAAACGUGCUAAGUGGUCAAACUGAGUGGUACCAUGGCUUGCUCUUCUUCUAUAGCUACUGGUGUCACUCAUGUGGCCACAUCAUCUUCGUCAUUACCGGCUGCCCCGGCUGUCUCAUCCAAUGCCCAAAGUGGUAUUUGUUCAUCCUUCGCCAGCCACAACCCUCGGCCACCGGAACGUCACAACCUGCAAAUCCAUACGAAGAGUAUCGAGCAAACACUCAUACCACUUGUCACGCAGAUUACGACGCUGGUGUCGGCUCCCGAUCGACCUUUGAAGGCUGAGCGCUCCCGCCGAGCAUUGGGCCGUGUUGGCCGAGCUGUCCAGGCUGCUGUCGAACGAUUUGUAUUGGUUGGUGAAACCAUUGCAGAUGACAACAGUGAAAUCAAGCUCGAUAUGUAUGAGGCCUGCAGGGAAGCCCGCCAAGCAGGAAUCGCCAUUGAAAAGCUUUGUGAACUGCAAUACGAUGAAGCGCAAUCCUGCUGCACGGACGGAGAAACAAGUCCAUCAGGUGGAAGCGGUUCGAUUGUCGGAAACUCUGCAAUUGCAGACAAAGGUUCAAUGGUACGAGCCGCCCGAUGUCUCUUGGCGGCUGUCACCCAAGUUCUCCUACUGGCUGACACUAUUGUCGUCAAACAGCUUCUACAAGCCAAAGAUAAAGUGUCGAAUACACUUACCCGUUUGGAAGGGGUGAACAAUUUCACGGAGUUUGUUAAAGCCUUCAGCCAAUUUGGAAAUGAAAUGGUCGACUUUGCUCACGUGACGGGAGAUCGUCAGAACGAUUUGAAAGACGAGAGGCGGCGAGCUCAAAUGAGCGCUGCCCGAACCAUUCUUGAACGUUCCACGCUUAUGCUUCUCACUGCCUCAAAGACGUGUUUGCGACAUCCAGAAUGUACAUCGUCUCGAGAAAACCGUGACACUGUUUUCUGCCACAUGAGACGUGCCAUUGAUCUCGUUCAUUACGUUGUCAAAGAUGGUCUUUUACAAACCAGCAGCGACCAUGCAAGCAACGACGUGCGCCCCACUGGAAACGGUUCUAGCUCUUCACCAGCGCCCAACCAACCCAAAGAGGAUUGGGACGUCUUGUUAACGGCGUGUGGAGCAAUACAGCAACUUGACGACUCCGUGGAGAUGACACGGCUUACAUUGGCUCCAACGGCUUGUCGCGAACGUUUGACUUUGGCCCUGAACGCAGCCAUCGAACGAACGCAAGAUUUCACCGAUUCGGCCUACACAUCACACGAACACCGCGAAAACAUACUGCUCCUGUGGGACCGGGUUAGGUCGGGGCUAUCUCACGUCAUUCGAGCCGGAAUAAAUUUGGAACAAAGAGAAAGGCAUUCGCCAACAGAAGAGCUUGAAACGGCCAUCAGAACGCUGUUGCAGUGUACUCAGGAAUUACGACUUCAACUGGAACAAACGGCUUUGGAACAGGCAGCAGAUCUAUUGGCCUCGUCGAGGGAGGAUGCCGAUUUGAUAGGCCAUCUUCGGGCAGCCGCCAUUUCACUUGACGGUGACAGGUUCGAUGAAUGCGGUGAGCGCUUCCAAGAGCACGUCGAUCAUCUGCAAGAAGUCUGUAAGCUUCUGCGUCACGUGUCACCGACCGAAGCCCAUCAAGUUCAAGCCAAGUAUGCCGAGAUCACCGUUCGCAUUUAUGGACCUCAAAUGCUGACAGCCACUCAUACGCUUUCGCUUUAUCCCAAUUCCAAGAUUGCCAAAGAAAAUUUCCAAGUUUUCUCCGAUUGCUGGCAAGCGUUACUUAACGACGUCACCAACCUGGCCAAAGAAGUAUCGGAGCUCUUACAAGACCGCGCAACAGAAAAACAUGUUUACAUGUCUCUUCCUCGACCAGGCAAACAUGGGACCACUAGUAAACCACUAAAGCCGGGCAAGCUCGACUCUGAGGAGCAAGCGAAAAUAGCUAAAGCUGGUUUAGAAAUGAAAUUGAUCACAAGCGAAAUGGACGCCGAAACGGACAGAUGGACGGAAGCGCAUAACGCCGCACAACAACAAAGUGUGUCUGCAAGAGGAAUAGAAAGAGAAUCAGCUGUUGGAACGGCCAAUCAAGGAAUGGUUGGUGGCGUUGGCAAUGAAGCGGUCAGCAGUAGUGGACCCGGCGUGCCGGUGAGUCCCACUAAUGGCGGUCUGGACGAGAACAAUGACAUCGUCAAAAGGGCGAAGAACAUGUCUUCAAUGGCCUUUAGCAUGUAUCAGUUCACACGGGGCGAGGGCACGCUCAAGACGACGCAGGAUCUCUUCACUCAAGCAGAAUAUUUCGCCGAAGAAGCCAAUCGGCUGUAUAAAGUGGUCAGGCAAUUCUGCUAUCAGGUGCCGGCUGGAACGUUGAAGAAAGAGUUAUUGGACUACGUUGAUCAAAUUCCGACGUACGUUCAACAGUUGCAGUUCACCGUGAAAAACCCGACCGUUGGCAAAGCGGCGACCUUCACCAAAGUGGACGCCGUCAUCCAAGAGACGAAAAACUGCAUGAAUUGCGUAUCGAAAGUGGUCAGCACUUGCUUCGAGUGCGCCAACAAGCAUAACUUGUAUAUGUCGGACACAUUGGUGUCGGAAACCAUGGCAAGCAGCACAAGCGAGGACCAUCAUACACCUUCGCCGUCGAUGAUGUCCAAACCAGUCAACGACAUUCAGUCCAGACUAGGGAAGUACAACCUGGACUUCCGUGGAUUGUCACCCCGUGGGCGCUCUCCAGGACAGCGAGGUGACGACGACGGCGGUGGUGCCGGAGGUGGGUCGGAAGGUGGCAAGGCGAGUGGAGGGGCAGGCGGUGACCCGUCCAUCUGACAGUUUGGGAUGGCCCGAAGGGGCAAAGGGGAUUCACGAAGGACCCGCGUUUCAUUUUUGCUCUUUUAACAAAGCCAAAAUCCUGUCAUAGCAACGGCUAAAUAACCAAGACAACAACUACAAGUGAAACAUUCGAUGACAAACAAAUUUCAUUUUCGAUAUGAGAGAUAGUCACGAUUUAACAACAGCAUACCAAUUACUAUUACGGUGGGCAAAUAAAAAAAAAACGCGGACGACAAAAAGACAUUACCUGCAGGUAUCACCUCCAUCAAAAACAAGUACACAAUUAAAAACUGGCUUGGUCAAGACAAUUGAUUUCUGUCGAGAUGUACUGUCUAUACUAUGUUUGCCGUAUUUGCACAGUUUGAUCGAACAACGUGAAUAUUUCACCCCUUCCUUUUUUGUUAUUUAACGGUGUUACGACACUUUCAUCUUCCACUCUUGUAGGCUAUUUAUACGGUCGACUCGUAAACAAGACGGAAAAACGGUUUAGUGUAGUAAUCAAACGAUAGAGCACUGUUUGAAUUCUUUGUUGAGGAUUUAUACGUAAGAUGAUUGUACACUGUUAGUCGGAUAUGCCUCUUCCCACAUUUUUUUACCACCUGAAAUGUUACACGUAUUCGUUAUUUACGGCCAAUCCAGAGAGAGGAAACUGUUUAAAAUCGAUUGUGCAAUUUACUUGAGUCUACCGUAAGAGCUCGUAGCUGUUUUGUUUUUUUAACUGUUCCAGUAAAAUUUAGGUUAAUGAAAGAAAAAAAGUUGUGAAGUUUAAAAAAAAAUUACAAUUCUAUUUCUACCCAGGUAAAAAAAAAAAAGAAUUUUCCGAUUUUAGAAUCACGUAAUUCGUAAACGGAAUUCUUGCUUAACGACGACAGUUAUAGUUAGAAAAUGAUGGUGAAACGUUAUCUGCCUUGUUUCGUAAUCCAAUUGAGAACUUUGAAAAUUCAAUGACGAAAGAUAAUUAUUCACAAAUGAUUAAUGGAGACGGUAAGAAAAGAAAAAAAGUCUACCAAAUUAUCCAACACUGAAUGAUGACAUUAUCUUCAUGUUAUACAGUCUUAGGGACAAACUUUGCCAAAUUAGUUAUAGUCAAUUCUUUGAAUGAAUUUAUGGAAAACUGAUCGCCAAUACCUUAAAAGACGUCAACGUUUUGUCUAAAUUUCUCUUUAGAUUAUCUACUCCAUAUUGGUGAAUAUUAGUUGACACAAACCUAUUCGGGAAUGUUUUUCUUUAUUUCUUCUUCUUUUAUUAUUCAUCCAGCACAGGUUUUUCAUGUUCAAGAAUAUCUCAAAGUGUGGAUUCUGUGUCUCCCAAGUUGUUGAUUUUUGUAAACGGAUGGAUAAUCACUUAAUUGUUCGGCGAUUGUUGUUUCGGUUUCUACCAUUGUUCCAUUUCUUCAGAUUUAUGGUCUUUCGAUGUUUCUAUGUCAUCCACCAUUGUUCGCCAUUGCGUAAUGAACUAAAUCUGCCUUCAGUGUAUAUCUCUCAACCGAAUGUUGUUUAUUGUCAUAUAGACUAUGUUGAUGUUUAAGAAAAAGAAAAAAAAAAUUAACGAAGCACGGUAAUAAUGAUGGAAAUUUAUUUGUUCACUCUCACCAUACAAUCAAUCUUCGUUCAGCUGUUGCAUGUAGGCAAUCUGCCACAAAAAUAUCUACAGUUCUAUGACGAGCCAUCUGAUGUGUAAUAAAUCUGAUGGACGUGCUGUAAAUUGUGUUUAUGUAAAUCAAAUAAACAAAUUUAAAACAUA